CGUCCUUCUCCUCUCCCUUUCCUUCUCUCCUGUUCACCACAGUCACCCAUCGUCGUUCAUCGCAUCAUCGUCCUUCAUCGUCCAUCCUCUUUGUCUCUUCGACAACCCACGUUAUCUCUCGCGUAUAUAUGACGCUCACCGCCGCCGACUUGCCCCCCUCCCUCCUCCACUUUCCCCGUGACGAGUACAAUGCGCCCGAGUACACCCAGCCUCGGCACGUAGAUCCGACAGGCAGCAUUCUAGCCGCAGGAGCGCGACGGGCGACUCGCGCAUGGAUUGCUCUGGUACGCAAGAGGAACCGGUCGAUGCGCAUGUCCUGGCGCUGCUUCGUUCUAGCCGUGCUGGACAAGGUUUCUCAACUUAACUCGGCCUCGUAUGGCAAGUUCUCGCCGGCGUGGCCGGAGCGGGACACGGUCGCGCAGUGGCGCGCAAUGGUCCGCGAUUUCAUCGACAUUGCGUAUGACCUGGCGAUGGCCGCCCUCCCCUUUCGCAUUAUCGAUCCCGUUCCACGCGAUGUGGUCCGCUCAUCCGUCGCGCAAAUGAUGCAAUGGUUUCACGUUGAAGGAAACUCGUAUCAACCAUAUCCAUUGAACCUUCGACCUCGGCUCGACACAGCAUACCUGCUUGGCGAGUUCGCCCAGCCUGCCCGCGAACCAUCUCGCCACCGUAUCACACACUCCGCUGCGCACAAACAUCAAAGCCGGGACAUGGGCCGGAGUGUCGGUCUGUCCACCGACAUGGCCCGAUUGCACAUCUAACUCGGCUCGCAGAGUCCACAUUUACAUUUGUUUGUACUCCUUUCGUUGUUUUGUUUUUUAUUGAUUUGUUUUGUACUGGACGUAAGUGUCUGUAAUAGUAUAUAGCAUCAUCGUUACUCAUUAACGACCAACGUAUAUAUCUUCCAGUCUCUUAGACUUGCCUGCUGGCCACCACAUCGGCGACUGCCAGACUCAAGUGCCUCACCCCACUGGGUGUAGUCUCUCGCCACGACACCAUGUGACGAUCGCGUCGCUGCAGACGGACCAGCCGGGUCAGACGGACGAGGUCGUGCGGCUAGUGCCCAGCGCAU